UGAAACCACGUGGUGCUGACAUCAGCUGCCUUUCACAAUGACUGUGCUUAUAAGCAUCUGUACAUAGUGUGCUCUCGUGUAACUAACACUGACACGAGAGCAUUCGUUCCAAGCAGAGUGCUUAGUGUUCAGCAGUAAAAUGGAUCUGAAAAGAUAGGAAGGCAAAUUAGAGUAAUAUUUACAAUGCCAGCAGGUGAUUUUUUCAUUGUGGUGCUUCUUUGGAUGUUUGUUGGCAGGGGGGUUGAUGGUGAGAGAGUGACUGGAGUGUUGCAUGGGCAAGUGGAGCUCCGAGGACGCUAUGGACACCAUUCAGAUGUGUGCACUGUGGAAUGGAAUAAAUAUUCAGCUAAAAAUUCAACAAAAAAACUGUUAUAUUUGUUUCAGAAGCCAAAUAAUACUACAUGCCCAGAUCCCUGCCAAAACAUUAAUUUUAAUUCAGAGAAUAGGAGUCUUAUUUUGGUCCAUUUGACACCAGAAGAUGAAGGCAUUUAUGAGGAGAAAUCUACAUUUACAAAUAGCACCAUUAAAUAUUUUAAUAUCACAUUAACGUUUCUGACUGCAACAAACAUCACUGUCUCUUCUUCUCCUGGAUCUCUGACCCUGACGUGUGGGAUCAAGGGGGAGUUUCAGCUGCUGCAAUGGUUCAGAAAUGGCCUUCCACUGCCUGAAGACCAGGGAUUCUCCUUCAGUGAGAACAAGACGACCAUGCGGGUAUCCCACCCGAACAGUUCAGACUGCGGUACAUACACCUGUCGAGUUUCAAAUGAAAACGGAAAAUCAGAGGUGCAAGUCAGCAUCAAUGGUAACAGUACUGGCUUUCCUUGUAAGGACUCUGGUACUUCUCCCAGAGUUUCUGUCCUUGAACGCAUCUUGGUCCCUGUUGGAUCACUCCUCGGUCUUCUGUUUUUGUGCAUCAUUUUAAUUUGCAUCUGCAAAUAUUAUGAUGAUUGUUUUAUUUUAGGUCAUCGAAAAAUAAAAACUACUUCAACAGAAGAACCUAUUUACGACGAACCCACACAGUUACAGGAAGAAGCUGCUACUCCGACUAUGGACCCUUUGGUAGUUGUCUAUCAAGACUUCAUAAAACCAAAAGAUUCACAUCAGUCUGAAGACUUUGGCUACUCCACCAUUGCAGAUGUUCUGGAGAACACGCAGCAUUCAAACACCACAUGAGCACCAAGCUGCAGGUGUAAAACAAGACCUACGUUGUAAUGGGAGACUUACCAUGUGUUCCUUUAUUGUGUAUAAAAUUGAGCUUAGCUCUGGCUAACUCCAGUGGGUUCCUGUGAACUGCAGAUUUUCUCUGUGUGAACUCAAUGAUUCAGAAAAAAAAAAAUUUUUUUGGAGAAUGAUGCAAUUUCGUGGGUUUCCUCCGGGUGCUCCGGUUUCCCCCACAGUCCAAAGACAUGCAGGUUAGGUUAACUGGUGACUCUAAAUUGACCGUAGGUGUGAAUGUGAGUGGUUGUCUGUGUCUAUGUGUCAGCCCUGUGAUGACCUGGCGACUUGUCCAGGGUGUACCCCGCCUUUCGCCCGUAGUCAACUGGGAUAGGCUCCAGCUUGCCUGUGACCCCAUAGAACAGGAUAAAGGGUCUAGAGAUAAUGGGAUGGGAUGAUGCAAUUUCCUUCUGUAUUCUAUGAAUAUUUGUAAGACUAAAGUGGUUUUGUCUAGUUUCUAUGGUUUGUGAAGACCUUAAUUUUCAGAGUAAAAACCAUAAUUAAAUACAUUUUCUUUUUGAGAGUUACAAAUGUAGAAUUUUCAAAAAAUUGUUGCUGUAUGAACUAACUGCAGUUUCUUACUUGCAGUAUGUUACUUAUGCAGUCGUUGCUGAAGCUAUUUUCAUCUUUGUCAGUGUAUUAUUGUAACGUGUGUGAUAAUAAUGUAUCACCGCUGGGAGGACACUUUACCUGGUCGUGUACUUUGGCAGCUGCUAAUACCCCAGAACCUGCAGGAGAAAGGGCCUCACGGCAUUCAGCGGAAAUCAGCCAGCACAGGACUUCCAUUUUCACAGCUGCAGACAACAUUUUGUGCGUUGUUGUGAUUCCUGCAUGGCAUACGACCCCAGUCAGUGCUCCCGUGCCUCUGACCAGUCAUUGUAUUCCAGUGUUCUGAUGGCUCAGGUUCAGGUGGAUAUACUGGGUCCUUUUCCUACCAAUGACAUCAGCAACCACUACAUCCUGGUGACCAUGGACUUCUUCAUAAAGUGAUAUGAAGCAUAUCCCUGUCCAGCAAAGAUUUGCACUACUUUCCAUUAAAGCCAGUCAAGGAAAUAUUCUGCCAGUUUGGGGUGCCACAAGAGCUGCUCAGUGAUGAGGUAUGCAAUGUUGAAUCCGUCUUUAUAGGAGAAGUGUGUGGGUUCCUGUAACAUAUAUAUUGCAAAUUCAUUUGGACAUGUUCUCCCAGUGUUGGACUUAUCCUGUGUGUGUUUCUGGAGGUAGUCCUGUGGGUGCCUUGGCUCUGUUUUAGGUUGGAAACACUGGCUUAAUAAAAAAAAAAGAUCAGUUAACCAUG